UUCAAAAACGUACGCCGCGCUGGCAUUGGCCUUGCCUGCAGUCACGCACUGCCCGUCGUGCCCGUGCUAUUGUGCUCGUGCGCCCUCGUUCCGCCGUUCGUUGGAGCAUUUGGCCGUCGUAGUGGCCGGUCGUUUUUCGCGUUCCAUGGAGGGCAAGGCCAUCCCGGUCAGGGUGGCAGUACGCUGCCGGCCACUGGUCUGCAAAGAAAAAAUCGAUGGCUGCCAGUCCUGUGUCCAGUUCGUGCCCGGUGAACAGCAGAUUGUGCUUGGCACGGACAAAAGGUUCACUUACGACUACGUGUUCCCCCCCGAGGAGGCUCAAGAAGCCGUCUACACACACGCUGUAGCCAAACUCAUUGACAAACUCUUCAAAGGCUACAACGUGACCGUGCUGGCAUAUGGCCAGACCGGUUCCGGAAAGACAUUCACUAUGGGGACCAGCUGCGCGUCUCGAGGCAUCGCGGAGGACACCGGCAUCAUACCGCGUGCUGUCCAGGACAUUUUUGCUGCCGUCAGCGAAUGUCGGGCCAGCAAGGACGUGGAGGUCAAGGUCUCCUUCCUGGAGAUCUACAAGGAGGACAUCCUCGACCUCCUCAGAAGCCAGGAUCCCCUCUCCAUCCGCGAGGACAAUGGAACAAUCAAGAUCCCGAACCUGACGGAGCGGAGGGUGGCCUCCGCAGAAGAGGCCCUUCACCAGCUGGAGGUUGGCUCCGCAUCGCGGAGCACGGGCUCCACCGAGAUGAACGCCCGCUCGUCGCGUUCCCAUGCCAUCUACACGCUCGCAGUGGAGCUGAAGGAACGUGGCGGCAACGACGUCACCGCGUCGAAGUUCCAUCUUGUGGACCUUGCCGGCUCGGAGCGGGCCAACAAGACCAAGGCCGUCGGCGAGCGCUUUCGCGAGGGGGUGCAGAUCAACCGUGGCCUCCUGUCUCUGGGGAACGUGAUCAGCGCGCUGUGUGAUGAGAGCAACCACAUCCCGUACAGGGACUCGAAGCUGACACGUCUGCUCCAAGACUCCCUGGGAGGCAACAGCCACACCGUCAUGAUCGCGUGUGUGAGCCCGGCAGACUACAACUGCGAUGAGACUCUGAACACACUGCGGUACGCCGACCGGGCACGCAAAAUCAAGAACCGGCCCGUCGUGAACCGUGACCCCAACCAGGCAGAGAUCCUUCGGCUGAAGCAGCGGGUUCACGAGCUGCAAGUGGAGCUCCUCAAGUACCAGGCAGAGUCGAUUGGUGAUCGGUCUGGUGCCUCCACUUCCAAGCACGACGUCACGUCUUCACCCGACCAAGAAGCCACAUGCUCUCUGGCCACGUGCGCUCAGCAGCGCAGGGCUCUGCUCGAGCACUCGGCCGACCUGGCCGAGAGGAACCAGGAGCUGAGCAGAAACCUGAUGUCUGCGCUGGACCAGCUGACGCGCUCCAGCGAGCAGAUGCUUCUGGACCAAAUGGAGAACCAAAAGCUGAAGCAACUCGUGGACCAGCUGGAGUCCAAAGUCGAGCAGCUGAAGAGCGUGGCCGGUGGGGCGGAGCGUGACAGCGUCAUAAGCAACAUCCAAGAUACCAUCCAUGAGUUCAUGGAAGGGGAGAAAUCGAGGCGUGAGGCAAACGCGUCCCUCUUCAAGGUGGACUGUGAUGGAGGUGAGGGCCCCCUGGAGAUGAGCCUGGGCCAGCUGGCGCCCCAGCGGGUGGACAUGAACCGGCAGCUGGCGGAGCUGGGGGAGAUGCUCCAGGCCAAGGAGGACCUGGCUGCCCGCAUGCACGCCAACGGGGAGCACCUGGAGGUGGUGCGCUCCCAGUACCAGGCAACGACCAAGGAGCUGGAGAAGGAGGUGGCACUGCUCAAGAAGGAAAGGGACGACCUCUCUGUCCUGGUGGUGUCUGGCAACAAUGCCAGCAAGAAGUCCCAGCAGAGUGGCAUCUCUGAGCAACGGCGCAAGCGCAUCAAGGAGCUGGAAGAGCGCGUUGCGGAGCUCCGCAAGAAAGUCCAGGAGCAGGCCAAGAUGAUCCGGCUGAAGGAGGAAGCUGAGCGCGCUGCCAAGAAGCUCAAGGCAGAAAUCCUGGAGAUGAAGCAGACGCGGGUGCGGCUGAUGCGCCAGCUCAAGGAGGAGUCGGAGCGGCACCGCCGAGCCCAAGGGGAGCGGGACCGCGAGGUGCGCGCCCUCCGGCUGCGCGAGCAGCAGCGGGCAGUGCAGGCGGCGCGGCAGGAGCGCCAGAGCGGCCUCAAGAUGACCGUGCUCCGGCGACGCAUGGAGGAGGCGCUGGCGGCCAAGUCGCGCCUCGAGGUGGCGCUGCAGAAGCGGCAGGUCGCCGCCGGAAAGACAAGCACCCCGGGAGACAUGGCCGCUCGCGUCAAGGCCACAGUGGAGCAGGAGCUUGCCCUCGCGGUGGACAGCCGGAAGCUGGAACAGCACGUCGAGGCGCUCGUCGAGGGACGCAAGGACCUCGCAGCCGAGGUGCACUCGCUGCGCCAGGCUCUCCAAAAGCCGGGGAGUAAGGAUGCCGCGCUGCGUGAGCGAUUGGAGGAGUUGCAGGCAGAACUGCAAGUGCGCAACACCCACAUAGGGGAGCUGCAGCAGAAGAUCCUCGACGUGGAGGCCGACAAACGGGCAAAGAACCUGUUUGCGGGUGCCUGCGCAGCAGAGUGCAAGCUCAUCGGGACGCACCUCUUCCAAAUGCUCUCCGAGCGCGAGAUCGGCGCGUGCCAGCGGGCUGACGAGGUCACCCGGGAGGCGGAGGACUCAAGGGCCAAGCUUGAGGAGGUCCAGUCCAAGCUCCAGGAGGUGGAAGCCAAGCUCCGAGAAGCUCAAGAGUGCAAAGACAGAGACCUCAAGGCAAUGGAGCUGAAGCUCCUGGCCAUGGAAAAGGAGCACCAGGAUCGGAUGCUGUGCCUGCUGAAGCACUCCGCGAGCACUUCCCUGGGCACGACCCCUACCCUGGACACCUCCCUUGCCGAGCGGCUGGAGAUCCAGGACAAAGAGAUCUCCCGACUCCAGACUGUCCACGAAGAACUCGAGAGGAAAACAAAAGAAGUGGAGCAACUUCAGGAGGUGAUUAAGCAAGGUGCCAGGCCUGUGCUGGGGGUGGACUACUCCGCCAAGAAAAAGAAGCCAGCCAAGCCCAAGAAGCUUGAGCCGGUCCCCAUGAUCGACGAUUUGGACGACAGCUUCGAAGACCACAGCAAUGACGAGAACGACCCGGACUGGGCCGGCAGUCCGAUGUUCCCCCAGACGAACCGGAAGAGGAAGUCCCGGGACGAGGACCUUCCGGAGAUGAAGCGCUCCUCAUCCAGUGCAGCGUGCAAAUGCCGCGGCCUGUGCGGUGCACGCUGCGGCUGCAAACGAAGGACAAGGUCGUGCAGCGUCAUGUGCAGCUGCAAGGGGGGCUGCGCUGGUGCUAGCUCUGCACCCUCAAUGGACGUACCGAUCGAAGAGGAGAGCAAGGUCCUCCACUUCAGCAAGCAGCUUAGCAACCUGAAGAAAAUGCAGCUGCACUGAAGCUUUACCUGCCACAUUUUUUAAACUUUUGACGAUCAAUUUUUUUUAUAUCUUAAAUAUAACAUCACGCGGAGAUUUAUUUAUCUUAUUCAUUGCGUGUAUCUCCGGUGUAAAUAUUUUGUAUAUGAUCAUUUGUGGCUUGCCCGAAAUAAAACUGCAUGCCACUUUUUUUUUAGACGGGAGACGCCCUUUUAUAUGGUUUUAAUACAAUCCCUUUUUAACGCUGCCACGACCUACUUUCACUGACAAUUUUUUUAUGCACUUUAUAUUGACGAUAGACUUCGUGAAUGCACAAUUUUACUGUAGUCCGUUGCAACUCAAGAAGGUAGGGCGUGGGUGAGACAGGCCGGGGAGGAGGAAGCAGACAAAACGCCAAACAGAGGUUCCCCCUUUCUUCUCCAGCGUUCCGUCUGCUUACUUUGCCCGGCCAGUCUUACCCUCGCCCUACCUUCUUGAGUUGCACCGGACUAUAGCUCAAGGUACUUCAACUUUUUUGUUUAUUUAUUCAUUGUGCUGAAAUUUGGUUUAUCAAAUAUGCAAAAAAACUAUGACUUGUCAAUAAACUUGUACUUUUAAUUAGGUUCUCAUGACCGGUUGUUGGUGGCAUGAAAUUGUUCACAAAUGUAAAAAUUGUAGAUUUGCAUUCAUGAAGACAAGCUUUGUGCGGUGGUUUUGUUUUAAGCCCAAUUUAUUUAUAUUGGUAAACAUUUGACCAAGCUGCACGAAUUGGAAGCAUGUUUUCCCAAAAUUUCCCAAAAUAGCAUUGCUCUGGUGUAAAUAUUCUGUCUACGAUCAUUUGUGGUGCUUCAUGAGAUGAACUGAUUGCCACUUUUCUCCUAGUAGUUUCUACAGGUUCCCUUUUUCUUAAGUGGGGAGAUGCCUUUUUAUUUGUGGUUUUAAUGUGUUCCCCUUUUCAGUGCUGUUGCAGUCUCCAUUCACUGGCCAUCUUUUUUUACGCACUUAAUUGACGACAGACAUUGUGAGUGCACGAUUUAACUAGCUUGAUUAUUUUGGUUUUCUUUGCACGAUAAAACAUCUUUAGCAUUUUGCACUGCGUGUCUUUGAUUAGGAUGUUUGUCUCGAUGACUGAGUGCUUUGUUUAAUGUAAAGCUUGUCGCGGUUAUUAGUAUGGUUUAAGAGAUUCAUGUUUGCCGAAAUGUCAUGGUUUUGGCAUAAUAUACGCAAGAGGUUCGUUUAUGCUGUUUUAUAUGCUCUCAUCAGAACGAAUUGAUCCAUGUGCCCACAAAGACAACUGGCCAAUGGAGAGUGAAUGAAUAAAGAAAAUCAUUAUAAAAACUGUGUUCAA